AUGUCAGUCUCUGGCAGUGACAGUGCCUUGGAAGCAAUUAGUGAUCAUAUGAAUGAUGAUACCCACUCGGCACUGGGCGAGACGGAUUCCGGAUAUUGGGACCAGGAAUCUACGACACAGUCGGUGACGGCCAGCAUCUAUGAGUAUGAGAGGCUGUAUAAUCGAACGUAUCAUUCCUUCCAUCGUGGCAAAUACCUGAUGCCCAAUGACGAGUCGGAGCAGGACAGAAUUGACAUCACCUACCACGCUGUCCGUCUGUCGUUGAGGAACAAUUUGUUCUUCGCCCCGAUUCCCCAUCCACGGAGAAUUCUCGAUAUCGGAACGGGAACGGGUACAUGGGCGAUGGAGGCUGCUGAAGCAUAUCCCGGGGCAACUGUUGUCGGCACUGAUCUGAGUCCCAUUCAGCCGAAUUUUGUGACGCCAAACUUGAGCUUCGAGAUUGCAGAUGCCGACGAAGAGUGGGCAUUCCCUCUCAAAUUUGACCUGGUCCACAGCAGGAUCAUGAACGACUUCACUUUGCGCAGUUGGCCUCAUUUCUUCGAACAGGCAUUUCAAUGCCUCAACCCCGGCGGGUGGGUCGAAUGCCAGGAAUUUGACUACAAUCGUCGAAGUGACGAUGGAACUAUCCCUCCGAGCAGUCGGCUCAGCUUCUGGGAACGUGAAUGGACCAGAGGAAUGGAAAUGAUCAACCUGGGAGGAUUCUGCCAACCCGAGCUCGUGGUGGAGCAGAUGCGCACCGCAGGUUUUGUAAAUGUUGCCUGCCGCAGGUACAAAAUGCCCAUAGGUCCCUGGCCCAAAGAUCCUCAACUUCGACAAGCUGGGAUGUUCGGUCUCGUUAACAUCCUCGACGGCAUCCAAGGCCUGAGUCUGAAGAUAUUCACGGAGCUCCUCGGGUACUCGCUUGACGAGCUCGAGAACUUACUCACAGACUGCCGAAGAGAGGCGAGAGAACGCACUGUUCACAGCUACUGGCCGUUGUAA